GAAGCCGCUACCAUCCUUGCUCAUCGUCUUCCCUGGAAUCACCGCCGUCGAGGGCCAGCAGAGGGAAAGAACGAACGCGAGCCGGCGCCACCACCGAGAAGAGGAACUCGUGUAGUCGCCGUCGCGAUGUAGUCUUGCAUCCGCCGCCGUCUUCGCGGGACUUGUGUGGCCGCGGCCACUCCCCACCGUGGAGCCCGUGUCAUCGCCAUUCAGCCAUCGCCGGAGUAGGGAUGUGCGAGGGAGAUGGACGCCGCCAGGAGCGUCGCGUCGCUGCCGCUGCCUGUGCCGUCGUCGUCGUUGCCGGACUUCUUGAAUGCCACCGUCAGAAAGGGUUCCGGUCGCCGUUAUUGGAGCUGGCCGGGACUAUUCCAAGGCUUUGCCGCUCAUCCCGAUCCUGCUCUAUUUUGGUUAAUGCUGUUGCUAUUGUUUUGGCCGCCGAAAAACCUCGUUGCCGCCACCUCUGCUGCCAGAAACAACCGCCGAGUUUUCUAUGAUGUUUACCGCGAGUUACCGUCGUUCUGGUCACCGGCUGUGACGUUGGUGUUGCCGGAACCGCCACUGGUGCAGCCACUACUUGGUUCCCUCGAGUACGUGUUGCUGUGGUUACCACGAAAGUGGCUUGGAGCUGAGGUUACGAUUGUGGUGAUUUCGGUUUAAGAGAGGAGGUUCCUGUGGCACUUUUGGGUUAUGGAAUUUGCGCUUUGAGGAUAUGGGCGCAGAAGUCACGAAGAGUUUAUUUAGUUGUUGUUGAAAUACCUUGUAUUGCUUUAGAUUAUUAUUUAUUGUACCCUCGCCCUUAUCUUGAGAUAUUCUGUAAAAGGGAUAGGAUUUGUAUUGGACACUGCUUGUAAUAUUAUUUAUAAAUAUAUGUAUCUAUAUGGAUGUAUCCUUUAUGAGUUUGUGUAAGUUGUAUGGUAUGUAUGGAUGUAUGUUGUAUAGCAGAGGUA